AUGACGGUCAGACUGAUGGUACUGAGCGUGCUCAGAGUGAGACAGGAAGUGGUCUGUGUCUUUUUGUUAGGGUUCUUUAAAGUUUGUCUCUUCACAUUUCUCUUCCAUCUCUCUCCUCCUCUCUCUCCUUCUCCUCCUCUCCCUCCUCUCUCUCUCCUCCUCCUCCUCUCUCUCCAGAGUAACUCCCUGCUCUCAGACAGAAACUCGGAGAAGCGACGUAAUGGACCAGAGUUCUCCAACGACACCAAGAAACGAAAAGUAGAAGACAAAGACUCGAGCCACUACGACAGUGAUGGGGAAAAGAGUGAAGAUAACCUGGUGGUCGAUGUCUCCAAUGAGGACCCCGCCUCCCCCCACGGCACGCCCCUCCCCUCUCCCAGGGAGAACGGGCUGGACAAGACACGCCUCAUGAAGAAGGACCCCUCCUGUAGCCCUGCCUCCUCCGCCUCCUCUGCAAGCUCCUCCUCCCUCAAGUCCAAAGAGAUGGGCAUGCGUGACAAAGCAGGAACCCCCGGCUUGAAGUCGAGCACGCCCACUCCCCGAGGAGACUCCACCCCCGGACCGAGUGCCACGCCCACACUCCGGCCCAGCCUAUCAAAGCCUCCUUCCAUGGAUCUGCCACACCCCCACACCGCGGGGCUUCGGACCCCUCUUGCGGUACAAGGUCCUUACCCGGGUGCGUUUGGCAUGCUGCCCCACGCGGGCCUGAACGGGGACCUGGGUGGAGCAGGGGCAGCCUACGCUGCCGGGCUGCACAACAUGUCUCCUCAGAUGAGUGCUGCUGCCGUCGCUGCUUAUGGACGGUCCCCCAUGGUGGGUUUUGAUCCUCAUUCUCACAUGCGAGGAAUCCCCCCCAGCUUAACAGGCAUCCCGGGAGGAAAACCGGCCUACUCCUUCCACGUGAGCGCGGACGGCCAGAUGCAGCCGGUGCCGUUCCCCCCAGACGCCCUGGUCGGGCCGGGCAUCCCUCGCCACGCCCGCCAGAUCAACACCCUGAACCACGGAGAGGUGGUGUGUGCCGUCACCAUCAGCAACCCCACGCGCCACGUCUACACCGGGGGCAAGGGCUGUGUCAAGGUCUGGGACAUCAGUCACCCUGGCAACAAGAGCCCUGUGUCCCAGCUGGACUGCCUGAACCGCGACAACUACAUCCGCUCCUGUCGCCUCCUUCCUGAUGGGCGGACCCUCAUCGUGGGGGGCGAGGCCAGCACGCUGUCCAUCUGGGACCUGGCCACGCCCACGCCGCGCAUCAAGGCGGAGCUGACGUCGUCUGCCCCCGCCUGCUACGCCCUGGCCAUCAGCCCCGACUCCAAGGUCUGCUUCUCAUGCUGCUCGGACGGAAACAUCGCCGUCUGGGACCUGCACAACCAGACCCUGGUCAGGCAGUUCCAGGGCCACACUGACGGGGCCAGCUGUAUCGACAUCUCCAACGACGGCACCAAGCUGUGGACGGGGGGGCUGGACAACACAGUCCGCUCCUGGGACCUGAGAGAGGGGAGGCAGCUGCAACAGCACGACUUCACCUCCCAGAUCUUCUCUCUGGGUUACUGUCCUACAGGAGAGUGGCUGGCGGUGGGGAUGGAGAGCAGUAAUGUGGAGGUGCUGCACGUCACCAAGCCUGACAAGUACCAGCUGCACCUGCACGAGAGCUGUGUACUCUCCCUGCAGUUCGCCUACUGCGGUAAAUGGUUUGUGAGCACAGGCAAGGACAACUUGCUGAAUGCAUGGAGGACACCCUAUGGAGCCAGUAUAUUCCAGUCUAAGGAGUCCUCCUCGGUGCUGAGUUGUGACAUCUCCGUCGACGACAAGUACAUUGUCACUGGCUCUGGGGACAAGAAGGCCACCGUCUAUGAGGUCAUCUACUAACGCUGGCCUGAGAUCAUCUACUAACGCUGACCUGAGGUCGGCCACGGACCAACCAAAGCAGCUGUCCGCUGUGUUCCCUGCUGUGAGCAGCUGAUCUGGGACCAGCACAUCACCACCCCACCCCCAGGGGAGCCCCCAGUACUCGGAGGGAUGGACGGUAAAUAAACAGACGGAUGGGUUGACUAUGGAUAGACAGACAGGUAGACAGACAGAUGGACAGGUAGACAGACAGAUGGACAGGUAGACAGACAGAUGGACAGGUAGACAGACGGAUGGACAGGUAGACAAGACAGGUAGACAGACAGAUGGACGGACAGAUGGACACUCGAUAGAAAAGAUGGUUGGAUGGAUCAGACGGGAUGUUGGGAGUUUGAAACUUGGGGAUUGCCCGAAUGGCGGCGUUUUUAUUUUUUACAGACGAUGAAUGUUAAAACAGCCCUGUGACCUCUGACCCUGACUGUGACCUCAGCCCGUUGUCACGACGAUGACCUUUCACACCUUCCUGCUGUAGCCCUCGCCCAUCUGUUCCUCUUUUGCUUACGAUUAGUUAUCUUUGUAUUUUUGUUAUGGUCGAACAUUUGUAAAAAGUGUACAUAUGUCAGUUUUUUUUUUUCUUGUUUUUUUUCUUACAGUAAAUGCUUUAGUAAUAACGAACAUGUUUGGUAUGACUUUUACAUGGGAACAAAAUCUAACCAGGAAAAAAACACUAAAUGGUCUUAAAGAUAGCUAAUUAUUCACUGAUUUGAAAUGUCUAGACAAAUAAAUGUUCUGUUUUCUUA